CACAGCCUGAUCUCGGCGUCUUCAUUCAAGUCGCCGGCUGGCCGUAUAAAUAUCGUCUGUAUCUGUCUAUAAAAUUUUGGGAAACAGUAUGGAAGAGAAGAAUUUUGAAUUAAUUUUCACAAAAAGCCUAUUAUCCCCAUUAUAUCAUGGCUUCUGCAGACGAGAUCCCUCUUCCCUUCAUCACCAAAGUCUUGGGUGCAUUUGGCAUUGCCCCAAGUUCGUUCAACGUGGAGCGCAACGCAAAGGCAACCAACAAUAACGUCUUCUUGAUUCAUCUCGAGGAACCUACCACGUCUGAUCUUCUUUUUAAGUCUGACAAGCCACUACCACUGGCCAACGCAAUCCCAACCGGCACGUCAAGCCUGGUGCUGCGCAUCCCCAAAGUCGACAACAAUGUGCAAGACAAUGUUCGCGUCCGCAAUGAAGUCGCCUGUCUACAUCUUGCACGACAGGCAUUGUUGGAGGCCGAUAAGCCUCUAGUUCCUCGGGUGUUUUCCUGGAGCGACGCCACUGCUGCCGCUGGUGAUACUUUUGGUGAUGAUGACAAGGACUACAUCCUGGAAGAGUUCCUUGGCGGUGAGACGAUGUCCUGGGACGAGCUCAAGGCGCUCAAUGAAGAAGACCGUGCUGCUGUCUGCGCCCAAUUUGCCCGCAUAGCCAAGGUGUGGCAAGAGUACCAACUCCCUGACGACAUCACUGGCUACGGCAGCAUCACCUUUGAUGACGCAGGGCGCUUCGCAAGCACAGAGUCUAUCUUUCGAGUCGGCGGGCCGUACGAAACAUACGCAGACUACCUCAACGCCACUAUACAAUGGCAGCUCAAUCAGAGCGAUAAUGUUGCUUAUCUCGGCGGGUGGAAGACGAACAAAGACUUUCCUGAUCUUCGAUUACGGAUUAACACAUUCAUUGCCAACAAGCUGCCUGCGCUGCUGGCAGAUAUCCCAGAACACAAACCAUGCUUGAUUCAUGGCGAUUUGACACUACCAAAUUUACACUUCGACAAGAAAACCAAUAGGUUAGUAGGUAUAUUGGACUUUGACUUUGGCCACAUUGGCAGCCCACUCACCGAAGCUAUGUACUCAUUUGCCGAAUUCGGCGGGCUUCUCUGGGGCAGGGGCGACGAUGACGAGCGCAGUGCUCUUCUUUCAGGCUUCCCUGAGCCUGUGAAAGCUGAGGAUGCAUUGGGCCAUGCUUGGGACAAAGCUCUUGCAGCAGAAGGUGCCCAACGCCCGUCGACCAUAAAGGAGGCUGAGCUGGUUAGCGACUUGUGGUGGUUUGGACAGGAGCUGUGUUACUUCCACUGGCUUCUGCCCAGAUUUCACGAAAAGAUUACCGACGAGCAAAAGAAAAAGUCGUUUGACAAGUCGGCCAAGGCGAUUGACGUCUAUCUCAAGCACUGGGGUUACUGAGACAAGGGUGGGAGGCGACGCUGUCGAUCCCUGUAUUUAAGCGCUGUAAAUACAGUUGCCCAAAUAGGAAAUCUGCUUAACUUAUAGCGCUGGCCCUGCGCGGCUGAGAGCAAAUAUUGUCUAACAAACGUACCUAAAUAAAU